AUGUCAACCUUCGAUGGCAUUGUUGAAGUCGAUUACUUUCGAAAGAACCCCAAAAGACCGGCUCCGCUGGCCUGCUUUCUGAGCCAUGUGCAUAGCGACCACCUUCAAGGCUUAGAAUCUUUGAGAGCACCUUUUAUUUAUUGCUCUGCUGCUACACGAGAGAUCCUCCUCCGGCUUGAGAAGCGCCCCCAUCGCAUAAAUUUCAGCAAGGGGAUACUGGAGUCGAGGAGGCAGCAUUACAAGCAUCUCUCCAAAUUAUUGCGCCCAAUCCCACUUCAAGUUCCAACAGAGAUAGAGCUGAGCCCAAGAAACCAUGUUCGAGUCACUCUGUUCGACGCCAACCAUUGCCCUGGUGCGGUCAUGUUUCUUAUAGAGGGAAACGGCAAGACCAUUCUCUAUACCGGCGAUAUUCGGGCGGAAUCCUGGUGGGUGGGCAAUCUUAUUCGGAAUCCAGUCCUUAUUCCAUACACCCUUGGAGAUAAGCGACUUGAUAAGAUCUAUCUAGACACCACCUUUGCUACGAAAUCUGAUGUAUACCAAUCGUUCCCCUCUAAAGCUGAAGGAAUUAGAGAACUCUUAGAAAAGAUCAACGCCUACCCAGAGGAUACAAUAUUUUAUCUGCGAAUCCAUGUCGAUCAAUAUCAAAUUGAGUUGUAUAAAUCCCUCACGCCACGGGCCACAAAUGGUUUUGGAGUUGACAAAACGGCAUUCCUUUGUGGAUUCACCCUGGGCAACGCGCAUGCCCCCGGUUGCUUAACUCACGAUCAUAAAUCUCGAAUCCAUAGUUGCGAGCCCGAUAUGCGCUGCUCGACGAUCUCCAAAGGCCCCUCCGUAUAUAUUACUCCCAUCGUGUCGCGUACGAGCGAUGGUUCUGAGAUCCCCGAGCUUGGAGCUGGCGGGGGCCAGGGCGACCUUUACCAAAGCCAUGAGCUCGAUUUAUCGGAUGGCGCUGUAUUCCAGCAGCUUUCAAAUAUAUGCUUUGAGCGUAUUAAGGAUGAGAAAACUCGUUCGUUGGCGCUAGAUGCUUUGUCAGAUGCGCAUCAAUCGAAAUCGAAAUCGCUAUCUCUCGAUGCUUAUGGCAUAAAGGAUGUUGGUGAAAUUUCCGUGAAGAAGCUCGUGGGCAUUCUAAGCCGAGAGCCGCCAAAGGUCAAUCUAUCGGAUCUGCCAGACAUCUCCAAACCCAAGAUACCCCUAAACAUACGGGGCAAAUUCGGACGUCCACUCCCAAACACAAUUCGUUUCCCCUACUCGCGCCACUCUUCGUACGACGAACUCUGCAAUUUCAUCAGGGCAUUCAAACCAAAAGACAUCAUAUCGUGCACUGCAGAUGUUGCAACUUGGGACGAGGACGUAUCCAUGCGAACUCUAUUUGGUCAUUUGUGUUCUGGCACUGAUUUUACCCACGACAAGUUGAUGAGGGAGUAUGUCCAGCGAGACUCGCGUCGGUCCCGAAAACGGAUGCGACUGGAAUCUAAUACUUCAUCACAACACCAUUCAACCCAGCAAACAGAUUCAUAUAUCGAAGAAAACGAGCUUCCUCCCAUUACCCCAUCAACAGCCAUUGAGGCCCGCGAACCAGAUUCCGAUUCACCUUCACUGCGAGAAAUGCAAUCUCAACACAACAAUACUCUCCCUGAAGUUUCAGCCGCUGCAUUCCAGGAAACAUUGCAGGAUAUUAUAAGCCAAGACACAACCGAUGGUGCCGACACGCAGUCUUCCACAAACUCCCAAAUCCUCGCCAUAAAACUAGCAUUGAAGGAAAAACACCUAAACCGGGAACUGGAUUUUCAUGUGGAAUCUUCAUUUUCAGAUCUAGAGAACGAGGAUGACGAUACCUCACAAGAAACUUCUCAAUCCUAUCACACACCUACUAGGAAUAAUAAUCGCGACGCGACCAAGACCCAUCUGACACCCCCAUCCGACCGCGUGAGCACAUGUUCCCUCUCUUCAUCGGCCUUUGGCUCCCUGCAAACAAUCACUUCUUCCAGGACCAGGUGCCGCAUGACCGCAUACCGUGCCGCUCGGAGCGGGACCUAUGAGGCAUGGACAAGUUUCGGCUCGCCCGUCAGUGCUGGGAAUAAUCAUACAGAGGAGGAGGCUGAAUUGUGA